AUGACUCUACUUUCUUCCAACUCAACUCUAGUUGAACUAUGGUUUCAUGGACUAUAUUCUGCCAUCGUCAUUGUCACUCUGGGUCUCAUUUACCACCAUCGCGGCACCAAGAAGAUUUUUCAGGCCACCAUUGUGGCCAUACCUUGGACCUGCUCGACUAUUCAUGCGACCCUUACUUGGUGGUGGCUGGCCAAUGCGAUUGACACUAAUGAGGGUCCCAAUGGACCAGGCCUGGCUUUCUCGCUUUCCCAUCUGCCCCCCGAUCUUGCUGUGGUGGCUCAGACUUUCUUUGCUCUGAACAUCUUCCUUGCUGACUGCAUGUUUAUUUGGCGUUGUUGGUGUGUGUGGAAUCGCCGUUCAAUAGUCGUUUUGCUUCCUGUGAUAGCGGCCAUCAUCGGUGCAGUUCUUGCUGGAAUUCUAAUCCGUUAUCAGCUCACCGCUCUGAGGGCUUCCACACCCUUCGUCGUCGAGCAAACUGCCGCUAAGUUCCUCAAAAUCAACACCAUUUACUUUUCGCUGUCCAUCGCAACAAGCCUGACGACUACAUUCCUAAUCGUGCUACGCAUCGUUCUCGUCCAGCUCGCAGCUCGAGCCACUCGCCGCACCCCUGGUGUUGAAGGCUCGAACGGACAGCUGGCCGCGAAAGACUUCAAUUUCAUUAUAGAAAUUUUGGUCGAGUCAGCGAUGCUCUAUUCAGUGACGUUGCUGACCUUUGUUGUUUUUGACUUACACAAGAGCGCCAAUGCAAUUUAUGCUCAAAACAUCCAAUCACAAAUGGCCGGACUAGCGCCACUCCUCAUCAUCUUACGCAUCGCUGCCGGCCAGGCACGUCCGCAAAAGGACUGGGAGGGCAAGUUGGAAAUGAGUAGUCUCAAGUUUGCCGGCGCUGGCAAUGCUCAGUCAAACUCUGAAAUCAAUUUCGAGCCCUCAUCCGGUCGGAUAAGUCAGAUAUGA